CGACUGAACCACCCGUGCCACCGCGGCGUACGAAGCGCAAGAUGAAAACUGCACCGAUCACGACGUCGAUAGCGAGCGACGCGACGGUGGUGAACGAGAGCACGAGCGACGCGGCGAGACCUCAGCAAAAACGUCCGUUGCCGCCGCCUCUGCCACCUCCACCGCAGAAAUGUCGACGGAACAAAUCUCGAUCCGCCGAAACCUGCCAGCCGCAAUGCGACACCGCGAGCUGUCCGACGGUCGAGAGUGUCGCGAAUGAAUAUCGUCACCGCGACAGCCACACCGACAUCGCGGCGGGUGUGAUCGAAGCGAAGUCCCCGAGAUCGCGCGACGCGACAUCCACGACAGAGAACAGAGAGACAGAGACGGGCGGCGCGAGCGAUGACCCAAUUCCGGGAUCAAUCGCGACGUCGAAGGUGCCAUUUCUAGCCAUCGACGUCGCGUCCGAACCAAAGUCACCCAACAAAUAUCCAUCGCUCUUUUUCACGAAACACGAUUUCCAGAACGUGAUGUCCGCCAUGUGGACGAGUGAAAACACCUCGAACGCCAGCUUGUCCAGCGCGGAGCCGUGGCGCGAGCCGAGUUCACGCGAGAAAGGACCGUUAACAACGUGCAUGCCGGAUAACGGCAACAACAACGAUCACGACGACGUCUGUUUCCGCGUGACGACGACAAAUCUGCCGUUCGAGAAGUGCCUGGAAAGACGGAAGAGCCCUUUCGACGACGAGUUCGUGCUGAAACUCGAAGACUACCGAUUCGAGGACAAUAUAGAUGGAAACACUCGGAUGAACGAUGGAGGAUCGUUCGGCCAUGACAUUUUUGAUAUCAAUGAGAAUUCAGACUGUCGUGUCGGCACGAAAGUACGAUUCGUCAUCGAAUCGCCGAGUUCUUCUUCUCGAGUUUCCGAGUUCAACACCCAAGUAAAAAUCGGCGUACCGUGCGAAAGUUCGCGAAGCAGCGAAUCCAUUUGGGACGAAGAGCAAGCUGACAAACGUGACGACGCCUCUUCCUUCAGGCUCUUCGAAAUUCAAGACGAACGCGCGGACGUGAAGAAUAAAAAUAAACGCAAAAAUAAUUCGCAAGAAGAACCAUGUACUCCGCCGAACCAUAUCGACGAGAAUAAUCGCUAUAUCGCCGCAGAGAAAGAUGAUCCUUUUACGUCGGCGAGCAAGGCGGACGCGAUACUGAGAACGCGUUAUGACGGUAAGGAUAACGACGUUAAUUGCGAGGAGGGAACUCGCAAAGGGGACUUUAAUUCGACAUCGCGGAGCGAACGAGUUGCCGAGGAGAAUCGCAAAAUCGGAGAGGAAAAAAUAAUGGCGCUAGUGGAGGAAGCCAUUAUGAGCGGAGGAAACGCUGAAAAGCAGGCGGAUCAAAGUCAAAUGCUGGAUGCAACUUCCGAGAUUGCCGAGAACACUUAUCGUUUUACGGAUAAAAGUUCAGGAACGGUCCGCGAAACUGACGAGGCAGACGCGGCGGAAAUAACGUCAAAGAGAACAGACCGGGAAGAAGUAUUUUUGAAAAAAGCACGCGAUGACGUGAAAGAGAAACCCACUGCCAAGAAUGAGAAGAUUUUCAUCAGUGAGUCACUUCGAAACGUUUUAAGCUGCCUCGACGACGACAAUGUGAAUCCGGAUGAUUCCGACGACGACGACGAACCCGACGAGAGAUUGCACGUCGACGAUCCCGCGAGAGAGUCACGCGGAGGAGUCUCGGCGGAGGAGUCUCGGCGAUUAUCGAUCGAAGAGAACAAAGAAACAAGCGGCUCCUUGGCUUCCGAAAAUAACCGCGAGCUAAUCUCGCUGUCGGAAGAGGUUUUCGCAAAGAACGUCCCCGUCAAGGUUAGGCGCGAUUCUUUCCUGGAGACCAUGCUGCUCGACGAUUCGAUAGAUUGCGCGAUUAUUGCUGCCGCGAUACCGUCUCCGGUAGACGUGGACAAAAACGAAGCAAGCAUUCCGAGUGAAAUAGAACAUAAAGCAUGGAAAUCGGACACGGAGAUCGCGAGAGAAAGCGGACGCUCGGGCGGAUUGAAUAAUGGCGCGACGAAAGUGCACGCGGAGAAUGAAAACGUUUCAAGGGAUUCCAGCGAGACGAAAGAAAAGAUCGCUGUGGUCUCAACCGCUGACGUAAGGUCAACGCAAUCGGAGAAUAAAAGCGCCGGUGACGCGAAGAAUGACGUGCUGAACGAGUUGCUCUGCAAUUUUAGCAACAUAAAAUUGAAGUUAGUGAGCCCGGAGAUGAAGAAAACGCAGGCGAACACGCAGGCAGGCGAUGAUGAAAGCAUGACUUGUCCGAUCGCAAUCGAUAACAGAACUGUCGAAGAAAGGGAGAAGGAUGCGGCUCUUCGACCGCGAGCGCGAGAAAAAUCCCGAGACCAAGUUCGCGGCGCGGCGAAUCUCGCGAGCGCCAAGACGAUCUCCACUGAUGCGGAUGAUAACGCAACGAUUGCCGGAGGAGGAGAAGGAGCUCCGGAUAUGAAGAGGAAAGUUGGAUCUCAACAUGUCAAAAGUGACAAUCGUGAUCCAGUGGUUGGCGAGGAAAUCACGAGGUAUAAAAAUACCGAGACGGCGAAGCUCGAGCUCGAGACCGGCGACGUAAGGAUCGCGAAAGAGACCUCCGCGGCGAAGACGAAGAUCGCCGCGGAGGAGUCUGUAGAUGUGAAAUCAUCAAACGAGAGCUGCGCAAACGCGAGUACCACCAACUCGGGUACACCCGAGGCUGCGGAGAGUGUCGGCGAGGUGAAACCACCGAGAGGAUCGCGGGACACUCGCGCUCCCAAGACUAUACUUAAGAAAACAAGCGUUCAGGGCGAGAGGCGGGCGAACGAAUCUCAGAAGAGAAUUCCCAUCGGGGCGCCUACGACGAUGAACAAAAUUUUCGAUAGCAGGGAACACGGGGCGAUAACGUGCGCGCCGCGCAACAACAGCCAGGAGGACGGCAGGAAGCGCGAGGAAGCUUCGGGCGAGACGCUUCAUGGUCUCGGCGACGAGAAGAAGACUGACGAUGAAAUAAUCGCAGACGACAUGGCCGAGAUCGAUCGCGGGAUCGCGACUACUCGGCCGGUAGCGUUAGCGUUAGCGGAUAGCGGCGAUAAGUGUGCCAUAGUUAGAAAGACUACUUCCGUAACCCCUUGUAAUAAUAAUGACAAUAACAGGGCCGCAACACCCGUAGCCGUAAGUAACGACCAAUCGUCCCGCGACGUUGUAACAAUAACCCCGGGUAAAGUUAGGAGCUUCGUUAAGUACUACGAGAUUCGGGGCGACACGACCACCGAGGGACAUUCUAAAACUAAUGACAGCGAGGAGGAACUAGCUAAGCAUAAAUCCACCAAGAGUCCACAAGCAUCGGCGCCGACCGUCGCUGCGAGGAGGUCGCAGCGGCCGGAAGUGACGACGAAGCGAAGGGAAGAGAGGGCGAGAGAGGGCGACGGUCUCUCGAAAUCAAACGACCUUCUCGCAGCGUUGCACGGUGAAGCUCAACUUCUGACCUUCGCCUCGAGGCUUCCGAAAAGUCCUCACGACUCGCCGGCGCGGGCGGUCUGUAAGUCGGAAGUGACGCAGCAGGAGUACAGAGAGGACGACGUCUCGUGUGUGUCCGAGAUACGUGCGCAACACACUAAAGCCAGCGCGAAAAAAUCGGUGCAGUUCCUAGGCGGAUUCACCGUGAUCCAGUCGAAAAGUUUCGACGAGGACGAGUCCGCGGGGAUCGUCGCGGGAUGCAACGCGAGCUCGUCGAGAAAGAGAAGAGCACCCGGCAUACCACCCGCGCCGUCGCGCGGAGACUCCGACGGUCGCCAGGGGCUUGUUGUUCGCGAAAUCACCAAGUCGGAGGAAUUGCCGAACGCCGAGAAGAGUUCCUUCCAGCGACGGGAGGCCGCUGCUCAGGUACACGCAGGAGUAACCGGUCACGAGGAGAAUUCAGGUAUCAAUCGCUUCGUUCCAAAACCAGAAACCCCACAGCUCGUAUUUUACUGUACUGUAUAAUCUGUAGUCUUUGGAAACCGUCGUUGCUCCGAGUCUCGGAAUCACCUUGUGUCGAUGCGAAAUCCCCCCUCUGUGAAUGUGUCUUGAUUUUCGCCACUAACCGAAGAAUAGAUUUUACGACGCUACGUAAAGCCUGCUAAGUGUAAUUUACGCGCUUGUUAAUGGCCACUGCGCAUUAUGUGAGCCUUUGCGUAUAUUGAAGCCAGGGAUUUCUAUUCUGAGGACAAAGUCCAACUUUACGUAAAAAAAAAAAAAAAAAAAAAAAAAAAAACACGUAAAACAUUAGCCCGUGCGCCACUUUUCUUCAUCUUUUAUAAUUUGCCAUAAAACCAGGUUACGUCAAUCCGGUUUUAUGAUUCUACCCCGGUUCUCACGCGACGAAUAAAUCAAUAACGGCUUAAAAUGCUCAGAUUGUAAAUUUCUUUUUUACAACACGCGCGCGGCCUGAUAUUCUAUAUGGGAUGUAACUCCGAUUGGAAUAUGAACUUUUAAGUAGAAUCAUCUCUUUUUUUCCCCACGGAAAAUCAGCUUUGCUUCCGCUCGGCGCUAU